AUGCCGCCUCGCGCCAAGAAGACUGACAUCAAGGAUGAGGAAUGGGAGAGGCUUCAGCCGGUGAUCCGAAAGCUGUAUCUUACCGAAGAUAGGAGUCUGAAAGACGUCUUGACAAUUCUCAGCAUGUCUCAAGGCUUCCGCUUGAGCAAAUCUCAGCUCGAGUGGAAGUUGAAACAGUGGCAUAUGACCAAGAAUAUGACGAGUUCGGAGUGGAAAUACGUAACCCAUCGAAUUCGCAAGCGACACAUUGCAGGCAAAGAAAGCAGGGUGUAUCUUUCAGGUGUUCGACUGAAAGAUGCGACAGUAGAGAAGGCGAGGGGCCGUCAUUGCUACGAGACAGCUAUGGAAAAGUGCAUGGGAGGUUAG